AUGCCGAGCCUCGAGCCAGGAGAGACUACCUUCCUUCAGGCCGCGGCAAAGCAAGACUUCCCUGCACCACCAAGGAUUCUCAUCAUUGGGGCCGGGAGCCGCGGUAAUGCUUACGCUGAAGCGACACUGUCUUGCUCAAACGCCAUGGUCGCAGGUGUUUGUGAGCCCAACGAAUACAAGCGAACAGUGUUUGUAAACAAGUUCAUCUGCCAUGAAAGCGGUGAGAGCAAGAGAGGGCAGAGUUUCAUGGGUUGGAAUGAAUGGAAAGAGUACGAGAUACAAAGAAGGGAGCAGGAAAGAGCUGGUCAUGCGGUGGAGAAGGGAGUGAACACGGUGUUUGUCUGUGUGCUUGAUGAGAUGCAUGAAGAAGUUGUUUGUGGGAUUGCAGAUCUGGGGCUGCAUAUUUGUUGUGAGAAGCCGAUGAGUACGAGGCUGGAGAGUUGUAUGUGGAUGUACAAGGCAUUGAAGGAUGCUAAGGGGGCGAUCUUCGGCAUCGGCCAUGUGUUGCGGUACUCACCACAUAACAUGAUGCUCAGACAUCUACUGCUUGAGGAGAAUGUUAUUGGUGAUGUCAUGAGCAUUGAACACGUUGAGCCGAUAGGUUGGUGGCAUUUUUCGCACAGCUACGUGAGGGGCAACUGGAGACAGGAGUCCAAAACCGCGCCUUCGUUACUGACGAAAUCUUGUCACGACAUUGACUUCCUCAUGUGGAUGCUUUGUUCACCAGCCUCAAACGCAACGGAUGCAACUCCUCAUCUACCAUCGUUUGUCACCUCGACAGGAUCACUCAAGUUCUUCCGAAAGGAGAGGAAGCCAAAAGCUGCUGGAUCUGCUACAAAUUGUCUCUCUUGCAAAUAUGAGCCAGAUUGCGACUACAGCGCUAAGAAGAUCUACAUUGAGAGACAUGUCAAGACCGGCAACGUGAAAUGGCCGGUCAAUAUUGUAAAUCCCGAGAUCGAAGACAUGUACAAGACAGUUGGGAGGGAUGAAGCGGCGAAGCAGCUACUUGUAAAUCUUGCAGAAGACUACACGACUGAGACUCCUGUUGCCAAGGUCGAAGAACGGCCAUGGUUCGGUCGAUGUAUCUGGGAGUCAAACAACGACGUUUGCGACGAUCAGUGCGUAACGAUCAGUUGGGAUGAUGAUCCAACUGCGAACGACGAAGAUGGACGGCCAAUUCUGAGUGGCCGCGGCGCAAAGACUGCGCAAUUCCACAUGGUUGCCUUUACAGAGAAACAAUGCGAGAGAAGAGGGCGCAUCUACGGCACCACAGGUGAGAUCGAGUACGACAGCACCAACAUCAAGGUGCACAAUUUCGGGACAGGGCAAACCAAAAUCCACAGCCCCCAUAUGGCAGGCGGGCAUCAUGGCGGGGGGGACGAAGGACUCGCGCGGCAAUUCCUCAUGGCCGUCAACGCUGUGGAGUCUGGGGCCAUGGCUGCGUCCGAUGCCCAGCGCGCAUACCUCGGAUGCGACCUUGAAGAGGCAUUUCGCAGCCAUGCCAUGGUUUUUGCGGCUGAAGACGCUCGAACGAAGCGCCAAGUGGUAGACUGGAAGAAGUGGUGGUCCGAGACGGUGGAGUCCCAAUUACACCAGCGGUAA